AUGGAACAAUUAGGUAAUCCUAUUGGACUUAAUAUUUCUCUUAGUAUUUUUAAAGAUACUUAUUUGUGUGACAAAGAAUUAAUUUCACUUAAAAAAACUGCUAUUUUUAAUGGACUAAGUGGGUUAUAUCUUAGAACUAUUGCAUGGAGAGUAUGGCUUGGGGUAUUACCAACUCCAAUAAGUAUUAAUUGGGUUGAAGUUAUUAAACAAAAUAGAGAAAAGUAUAACUUAUUAAUAAAAAAAUACUUUGAUGGGGAUAAACAACGAGAUAAUAAUACAGAAAGUAAUGAAGAUAUUAAAGACUUAAAUUGUAGAAUUAAUAAAGAUAUUGAUAGAUUAUUUAAUAUGUAUGACUACUUUAUGGAUGAAAAUUUUCGCAAUAAAAUAAGAAGAAUGCUUUAUAUUUAUGCUAGAGAACAUGAAAAUAUGAAUUAUCAACAAGGAUUUCAUGAAUUAAUAGCAAUUUUAUAUCACUCAAUUGAUUUUGAUUUAUCAGAACAAGUUCAUAUUCAAUGGAAAAAUGAAUCAAGUUUUCCAAAAGAAUAUAUCCCGGUUGUACAAUGUUUAAUUGAUAGGUAUUAUAUUGAAAAUGACUGUUAUAUUCUAUUUGAAUGUCUUAUGAAACAAUUAGGAUUUGUAUAUGAAAUUAAAAGAGAACAAGAUAGAAAUGAAACAAGUGUAAUUCAGCAAAAAAGUGAUGAACUUUUUGAGAGAAUAAAUAAUAUAGAUAAAAUUUAUUACGAUGUAUUAAUCUCUCAUGAUAUUAUUCCAUCUGUUUUUGGGAUAAGAUGGAUAAAGAUGUUAUUUGCACGUGAAUUUCAUAUUGAAGAUGUUGUUGAAAUAUGGGAUGCAAUUUUUGCUUAUGGAGAAAAUUUAAAAUUAGUGGACGGUGUAUUUCUUUCAAUGAUGUUGUAUGUCAGAAAUGACAUAGUAGAACGAGAUGACCCAACAUACACUCUUCGUAGAUUAAUGAAAUUUCCUCCUGUUUUUGCUCUUCGACCAUUAAUUGAUAUGGCUGUAAGUAUCUGUGAUAGAACAAGUAAAAUAUCUUCAAUUCAACAACAAAAUCUUGUUAACUUUAAUCCAGUAAAAGCAAAAAGAGAAAAAAGAAAAGCUGCUAAGUUCAGUGCAGAAAAACAGCAUUUAACAAUAUCAAAAAAAGAAGAUGUUAUCCCUUCAAAUCAACAACCCUCUAUUCCCAUUGUUGGUCAUAAAAAAAUUGAUAAAGGUAUGAGCAGAAACAAACAAAAGCUCAUUGAAAUUUACAAUAAUUUAAUUGACCUUGCAGGGACAACAAAUAAUGACCAUAUUCGUCUUAAGGAGAUUGAAAAGAUGGUAAAUGAUGUAAUGAAUGAUUUGUGA